AUUGACCUUAAGGUUAACAUCCUUACAGCAGACAUCGCUUCCGCAUAUAGAUAUACUAAGGUCUAUAUAUAAAUAAAUAUACAUAGAUCUAGACUAGUCUAGUCUAUAUACAAUAAUUGUAAGCUAAAGUAAUAAAAACGAAAAUGCAUCAGUGCAAAAUGAUAAAAUAUAUACCUUAAAUUUGUUGAAAGAGGAUGGUAUUUGGAGCAAGGACAAUGGAUACAUGCCGUGACACAAAACCCCGACAUGCUGUCUACGAGAAGAUGGAAAAACUUGUCCAAGAGAUGCAGCAGUUGAAGUCAGGUGUACCUGUCCGUAGUCAAAAAACAUUCCUUACUUUCAUCCCAUCAGUGUUCAGUGGCAGUGAUUUAAUACAAUGGUUGGCUUCACGAUUAAAGAUUUCUGAAGAGGAUCACAUGGAAGCUGUUAAAAUGGCAAUGCUUCUUUGCCAUUAUGGAUAUAUUUUUCCAGUUACUGAUCAGAAAAAUUUGACUGUUAAAGAAGAUGCAUCACUCUAUCGAUUUCAAAAACCAUACUACUGGCCUUCCCAAAAUGCAGAGCCUGAUAAUGUUGCUUAUGCAAUCCACCUAGUUAAACGUUCUAUGCGUAAUAAGCAAAAGCAUGGGCUAGAGGAUUAUGAACAGGCAAGUUUGACCAAAUUGCAAACAAUGUUGUGUGAUAAAUGGAAUUUUAUUGUCACUCAAGCUCAAGACCAAGUAAAAAUUGCUAAAGAAAGAAAAAGAACAGAUAAGUCCAUAAUGGAUAGCCAAGAACGUGCUUUUUGGAGAAUUCACAGACCACCGCCUGGGUGCAUCAAGACUUUAGAUGAAGGUCCAAAACGUAAUUUUCAACCUAGUCAGAUGGCCGCUAGGCGGAAGAAAAACAAAGACCUACUUCAAAAGGAAAUAAAAUAUUUGUUGAGAUCCAUAAAUAUAUGUAGAGUAAAGACUUCCAAAGCAAUUGAAAAUUUAGAACAUUUUGCGGAACAGUACUUUGAUCUUGACCCUAUGUUAACAGCUCCAAUACCAUCUAAUCCAUGGAUAUCAGAUGAUACAGCUUUCUUUGAGAUUAGCGAUAACAACACAGAAGUUCCAACAGAGCAAAGAAUAAAGAAGUGGUCUUACAGCUUGCAAGCACUGAUAACAGAUCCACGUGGGAGAUACGAGUUUGAGAAUUUUCUUAUUAAAGAAUACAGCCAUGAGAACUUUAGCUUUUGGAGCGCUUGUGAGGCCUUAAAGUUCUGCCGGCAGUCUGAAGUAGAAAAUCGUAUACAGAAAAUUGCAGAAGAAUUUUUAACAGAUGGAGCCCCUCAUGAAAUCAAUAUAGACAGCAGAUGCAGCGAGGAGGUUCAAAGGAAUAUGAAAUUAUCGAAACCUAACAGAUACACCUUUGAUAGUGCCCAAGAACAAAUAUUUUCUUUGAUGAAGAAGGAUACCUAUCAGCGAUUUCUUCGAUCAGAGCAGUACAAAGCACUUUUAAAUAUUGCGGCACAACCUGGUGGGAAGAAAAAAUUUUUCAGUUUUGGCUCUCGUAAAAAAAAUACAUUGACCCCAAGUCCUAAACCUAAACGCCGUGGCAGUGCAGGCAAUGAUGCUGACAUGGAAAAUGCAGGAGUUGCACACCAUUCCUACAGUACAGGAAAUCUUCGGGAAUUAGAUGACAAAUCUUCAGUCAUGCUAAGACGAGAUGCAAACUCAUCAGACAGCAGUCUAGCAAGUGAUACUUCACCUAACUUGGUGGCACGUCACAGCUUACGGUCACCUCAAGGAAGUCCACGGAAGAGUAAGCAGCUGGAAGUUCCUAAAUAUUCUGCUGUAAUAGCUGCUGAUUCCAGUAAGAAUGAUGCCCCUUCUUGUUUAGCUAUUGCUGUUCCCAGCAAAACCAAUGUUGUUGCUCCGUGGGAAGGAGUGGAUUAAUUUUAUAUUUGCAUUAUUUAGUCUUUUUGUUAUUAAUAUUAGAAACCAAUUUUUUUUUCAAGAAAAAUCUGUAAUUGAAAGUUGCCAGGAAAUUAAAAAGUUUGAAUCAGUUCAUAAAAUAUUGGGAAAUAACUUUGUGCAUUGUGAACUUAUUUUUUGUGCUUCACUAAAAUAAAAGCUAUAAAAAUUAGUUCUUUAUUGCUAUAUUUAGUGUGUAGGUUGAUGUCUUUUAAUCAUUCGCGUUUGAAACCUGUAAUAUUUCUACACUUAAAGAAAUUAUCAGUUAUCACUCUAUUCCCUUUCAAGCAUGAAAUAAUUACGGGUAAAAUGUACAUCAACAUGCUAACCAUAUCAUGCAAACUAAAACUUAAAAAUACUUGUAGUUUAUGAUCCUUUUAAUUUGACACAUAGUGACAAAAACAACUAUGCAUUUUAACAGUAACUAUUAUUGGGGACAGGGUGAAAUAAAAAAAUUAGUUUUUAAAAUUAUUUUGGGGGUUUAUUCAACCAGUAACCAGUUUAUUAUCUUUUGGAAAAUCUGCUUAUAAAAAUGUUAAUCAGUUUUUGUCAGUCUAUAACUGCUGAAGAAUUAAUAUAGACAGGUAUAAAGCUAAGGCUAACGGUUUACUUUGUUUAGGAUAACUUGGUUGCUGUAAGUAUGUAAAAUAUUUUGCUUUAAAUUUUUUGAUGCUGAAAGAAUCACAGUAUAUUCUUAGUACUGUACAUACUAAUUGUGGAAAAUUCAGUUAAAUUCAUAGAACACAUUUACAUUUAAAUAAAUUUAAUUACUUAGUAAGAUUUAUUUCAAUAAGUAAAGAAAAUGUUAAUGUUUUAUAUUUUUAUGAUUGUAUGAUUUUUAAAUGAUGUUCCAGCGUUUUACAAACAAAUACGUUAGUGUUUGGACGGACAAAAAGAAGUUUAGAAUUAUUUUAUUGAUAGCUAAAUUGUAGUAUUAAUAAAUGUAUUUAAUGUUAGUGAUGUCAUGUUUCUUUCCCAUAGAUCACAACAUUGAAUUUGUAAAUGCGUUGUAACAUUAAGAGUGUUAACAUUUAUUUCAUGUUGCUGUUAAAUGCAUUAUAUUAGUCAAACUCAUUAAAGUGCAAUUUUUAUGGAUAAAUAUCAUCAACGCAGCUAGCAUUUGUGUUUCAGAUUAGUUUCACUGUAAAUUUUUUAUUAAAAUUGAGAUUGUUUUCUUAGAGUAAGACAUUUUGGUUCAUGAUAAUCGUUUUCUAUAAAUCUUAUAUGAAUGUGGAUGUUUAGCAAAUUCUGAUUCAGUGAAUGUUCACACUGAUUGGAAUGAUCCAUAAUAAUACUGGAUGCAUAAAUAUUGUGUAUUCUCAAAUUUCUCCCUUCCUAAUUAAUGCACUAAUUUUUUUAGAUUCACAUGAAACCCUUUGUCAUUUUAAAACUAUAUUUCUUAUAUUGUUCUGUUGUAGAGCUUUGUAAAUGUCCUGUCUUUACUGGUCACAGCUGUUUCUUAAUAGGAAAUUCUUAAUAUCAAUUUAUAAACAAAUGUACAUGUAACAUACAGUUGUUUUUGCCUCUAAUUUCAUUUACAUCUUGAUGAGAUGUCAGGUGUCACUAAGAAGAAAGGAAUUUUAUUCAAUAGAUUCAACUAUAAUUUAAUGCUACUGCAGAACAUUAAUAAGUAAUUUACUUAGACUAGCUUUAACACCCCCCCCC